UGCAAGCUCAAGUUGCGCGUGCGCUAAGAGGCGUGUGCGCAUGUAUGUAAACUAGCGGCCUUUUCCUAUUGAGGGCAGACGAGACGCGUCUUUUCUGCUAAGAAAACACAUAUUAUAGUUAGUGUAUACAUAAACAGCAGCCCUGCCCCGACGCGGCCCAACCCCAAGCGGAGCCGUCAUGUGGCAGGAGGCCCGCAAACAUGAGCGCAAACUCCGUGGGAUGAUGGUGGACUACAAGCGUCGUGGGGAGCGACGCAGAGAGUACUAUGAGAAAAUUAAAAAGGAUCCAGCCCAGUUCCUUCAGGUUCACGGGCGAGCAUACAAAAUCCAUCUGGAUUCAGCGGUAGCCCUGGCAGCUGAGAGUCCCAUCAACAUGAUGCCUUGGCAAGGAGAUACCAAUAACAUGAUUGAUAGAUUUGAUGUCAGGGCACACCUGGACUACAUCCCAACCUAUACACCACCUCUUCUGAUCACACCCACCCCUGAACAGGAAUCUGAAGAGAGGAAAUGCAAUUAUGAGCGGUAUAGAGGUUUGGUGCAGAAUGACUUUGCUAACAUCUCUGAGGAGCAGUGUUUGUACCAGAUAUAUGUUGAUGAGCUCUACGGUGGCCUGCUGAGACCAAAUGAGGAUGAAAAGAAAAAACCUACUGAGAAGAAAGCUCAGAUUGGAUAUACCUAUGAAGACAGUACAGUGACAGAAUCACAUGAUCCAGAGAAGGAAAACGACGAUGACUCGGAAAACAGCGAGUCUGAGGAAGACGAGGUCAUCCCUGACAUUGAUGUUGAGGUGGAUGUCGAUGAACUGACCCCAGAACAGAACACUGAGAUCAACAAGAUGGGCACCACUUAUGGCAUGGCAGACGGGGACUUUGUUUGGAUGUUGAGGAAGGACAAGGAGGAAGUGGAGGCCAUUAAACACGCUAAAGCUUUGGAGGCGGAGAAGGCCAUGUAUUCUGGUCGGCGUUCUCGCAGGCAGCGACGAGAGUUUAGAGAAAAAUAUAUGAAAGGACGACAGAUCAGCCCACCCAGCUAUGCCAGAAGAGACAGUCCCACAUAUGACCCAUACAAACGGCCACAGUCAGAUUCAAGUUCAGAGUCCCGCUCUCGAUCCCGAUCUCCAGGCAAUGAUAAAAUCACCUUCAUUACUAGCUUCGGGGGCAGUGAUGAGGAGGGAGCCGCAGCCACGCAAGCCCUGCCUGCGGCACCGUCAAGCCACACCUCCUCCAACACCGCAGGUCAUAGCAGGGGCUCCCGUCGAAGACGCUCAUCCUCAAGUCACUCGUCCUAUUCCUCCCGCUCCUCUUCGCAUCGCUCCUCACGUUCAUCCUCCCGUUCCCGCCGGAGUCGACGUUCUCGUGGAGGCAGAGACCGGGACAGCCGCUAUUCGCGGUCUCGUUCUCGCUCUCGUCGGCGCUCUGAUUCCCGUUCACGGCAACGCAGUGGAGGUGGCGGCUCGAGGAGACGAUACGACAGGACACGAUCUCGUUCUACAGAUCGGGACAGGGGAAGAGACAGAAACCGAGAAAGAGAACGAGACCGGGAUAGAGGGAGGUGCUACACGGGCCGCAGACGAUCUAGGUCUCGCUCACACUCGCGGUCAGGUGAUCGUUAUCGGCGAAGGAGUCGCAGCUCGGCGUACAGGAGGGGUGGCAGCAUCAGUCAAAGCCCCUCACGCUCACCCGCCGCAAGCCAUAGCUCCUCCCCCUCUUCACGUUCUGCUCAGCCUGCCUGUGCUUCUGGUGACAAGCUGAGAAAGCCUGACACUGCGGGUGGUAAAGAGACUGGAGCUGCCAAAUCCAAGAUGACCCCACAGGAAAAGCUCAAACUCCGUAUGCAGAAAGCCCUAAACAAGCAAUCAAAAGCGGAUAAAAAAGCUGCGCAAGCCAAGAUCCAGCAGCAGGAAAACAAGCGACAGGAACGAGAAGGCGUUCUGCGAGCAAUGGCACGGAAAAUCCGCAUGAAGGAGCGGGAACGCCGGGAGAAAGAAAGAGAUGAAUGGGAGAGGCAGUAUGGUCGACAGAGUCACUCGCCCUCCCCCGACUCCAAAUACAGUCGGGACUACAGCUCAUCCAAAAGGAGGUCUCGCUCAAGAUCAAGAAGUCCCCAUCACCGGUACUGAAGAAACAGACAGCAGCAGAGGAGAAAAAUAAUCGAGAGAUGUCAAACUAAUAUUUUAGGAGUGAAAAGUAAUCGGGAUGGCAACAUUAAAAUGACCAAUAAAAUGUAUUUCACUCA